GACUCAGUCAGUGCUCGCGAAUCCGCCGCGCAGUCCGCACAAUGCGCUCCCAGUGACGCGGGAAAUAGCCAAGCUGUAUCUCCGCGAGUACGCCGGCGAAGAGGAGCGGCCGCCGUGCCGGGAGGAGUGGCGGCGGCAGGACUGGGGCGGCGGGACGCGAGGGCGUCUGCCGCAGGUGGACCGGAGUCCGUCGCGGCGCAGCCCCUACCUCACGCGCGAUGACGAGCCCUCGCCGGCGCCCGAUGAGCGCGGCCGCUCGGCCUCCGCCGGGGCGCACCACCGCGCGCGCCCGCGCCCGCUCCGCUACCAAUCCCUGGAGCGGGACUACGACCGCGCGUACCCGCCGCCGCCACCCGACGAGGAGUACUACAGGAGAGAACCACCCCCCCUCUUCCUCGGCGAACUGCAGUCCCAGAACUCCGACCUUCAACGGGAGCUGGGCAACCUCAAAAAGGAACUGGAACUGACCAAUCAGAAGCUCGGCUCCAGCAUGCAUAGCAUAAAGACCUUCUGGAGCCCCGAGCUGAAGAAAGAACGAGCUUUGAGGAAGGAGGAGAGCGCCAAAUACAGCCUUAUCAAUGACCAACUGAAACUGCUCAAUCAAGAAAAUCAGAAACAAGCGAUGCUCGUUCGUCAGCUCGAAGAAGAACUAAGACUGCGUAUGAGACAACCAGCGCCGGAGCUUCAACAACAGCUAGAAGCUUUGUUUGCCGAGAACGAACAUCUGCAGCGAGAGAUAGCGAUAUUAAGGGAUACAAUCAAGGAACUAGAGUUAAGGAUCGAGACACAAAAGCAAACACUACAAGCGAGAGAUGAGAGCAUUAAAAAAUUAUUGGAAAUGCUACAAAACAAAGGAAUGGGUAAAGAGGAAGAAAGACAAAUGUUUCAACAAAUGCAGGCCAUGGCGCAGAAACAGGAGCUCAAGGCGACGGCGGACACGCUGCGGGCUCUGCAGAUCCAGCUGGAGCGGGCGCUCGCGGCCGCCGGACUGCCGGGGGGCAGCGCGGGCGCGACCCUCACCGCCGUCCUCGAGACCAAGGAAGCCCGCAUCGCCACGCUCGAGCGGCAGGUCGCGUUGCUCGAAGGCGAGCUGGCCGCGCUCGUGUCGCCGCCGCCGCCCUCGCUCGCGCCCUCGCACGCCUCGCUAUACGAUAAGGCCGACCCUCCCUUCAAGAGACAAUUGGACGAGUUCCGUUUGGAGAUCCAGAGGCGGGAUCAGGAGAUAUUGGCGAUGGCGGCAAAGAUGAAGGCUUUGGAGGAGCAGCAUCAGGAUUAUCAACGCCACAUCGCUGUAUUGAAAGAAUCCCUGUGCGCAAAAGAGGAACACUACAGCAUGCUGCAGACUGAUGUGGAAGAACUCAAAGCACGCCUUGACGAAAAAAGCAGAUUAGUGGAGAAGAAGACGGCAGCAGCUUUAGCGGCUGCCCACGAGCUAGCUGAACUGAGAGACCAUUCUGAGAUCAAGGAUAGGAAGAUCAAUGUACUGCAGAGAAAGAUUGAAAACUUAGAAGAUCUUCUAAAAGAAAAGGAUAAUCAAGUGGAUAUGGCCAGAGCUCGACUCAACGCAAUGCAAGCACAUCACUGCUCCUCAGAAGGUGCUCUAUCGUCUCUCGAAGAAGUGAUAGGAGAUAAGGAGAAACAAAUUCAACAACUCCGGGAACAAAGAGACCGUGCGGAACAUGAAAAGAACGAAGAAAGAGAACUUCACGAAAGAGAGAUAGCCGAAUACAAAAUGAAACUCCAUGCCCUUGAAAGCGAAGUCGAGAAACUCGGCGCUAGACUUGAAAGGGCGCAAGCUGAGAAAGAUAGACUCGAAGCUAAACUAGAAAGCUCACAAAGUGAGCUAGGGAAAUCUAAGGCUGAACUUGAUAAAGCUGCUAGCGAAGUCGGUCGAUCGGGAGCCGAUUGGGAAGCAGCGAAGCAACGCUUAGCGCGGCUCGAAUUAGAAAAUGAGAGACUCAAACACGAGUUGGAAAGAUCACAGACAACAUUUGGUAGAAGCACUUUGACUACGUCACAGGAACUUGAUCGAGUGCAAGAGAAGGCAGACAAGCAAGCGACUGAGUUAAGACGUACUCAAGCUGAAUUGAGAGUUACUCAAGCGGAUGCUGAGAGAGCCCAUGCUGAAGCUGGUGCUCUUCAGGAGAAAUUGGAAAAAUCCCAAGGAGAAGUUUACCGUCUUAAGGCGAAGCUUGAAAAUGCACAAACCGAGCAAGACAGCCUCAAAGAAGAGUAUGAUCGAAUCCAAUCUUCGAUCAGUCGCCUGCAUUCGGAGCGAGACAAGGCAAUAGCUGAACUAGACAAAGCUAGGGAAGAGUUGGAAAGAACUCAGGCGACACUAGGCAAGGCUCAGCUCCAACAAGACAAACUGCAAGCCUCUCUAGACAACGCUCACUCGGAAAUAGAUAAGCUGCAAGAGAAGUUAGACAAAGCCGCUGUUGAAAACAGAAAGCUGCAAGUCGACCGCGAAAAGCAAGCUUACGACUUCGAAUCGCUGCAGUCACAACUGGACAAAGCACUUGGGCAAGCAGCUCGUCUCCAGAAAGAAAGAGACACAGCGCAGCUCGACACGGAGCGGUUCAGAGACAAACACGACAAAGCACAGGCCCUUGUUGCGCGUAUCCAGAAAGAGCGAGAUGCAGCGCUGGCUGAAGCUGCAAGUUGUCGAGAGAGGGCAGAAGCAGCCGCGGCAGCAGCUAACAGAGCCGCCAGAGACCGAGAUAGCGCUGCAACUGAGUUGGAUGUAUUACGAGAAAGGUGGGAGAAAGCGCAUCAGCAGCAUCAGAAACUCACGAUGGAAAGAGACGACGCCUUGACGGAGGUUGAAAUAUUGAAAGAAAAACUAGACAAAGCACUCUAUUCUACGCAAAAGACCAUAGAAGAGAAAGAGACUGCGCACAAAGAAUACGAGAAAAUGCUUGAAAAGUAUGAUAGGUCCCAGAAUGAAAUCUAUAGACUGCAAAACAAGAUCGACAUUUUAGAAGCCGAUAAAGACCGUCUCGAACUAGAGCUGGAGAAACAAGUGCAUCUGUCAACGAAGUCAAGGGAAGAUCACAGAAAACUGCAAGACGAGUUGGCUCGGUUACAGGAAAUGUAUGACAGAGCAUCUUUACAACUAGGCAGGACUAAAGAACAAGAGGAAAAAGCUAAAGAAGAUAUGGACAGAUUACACGUAGACAUAGAAAUGGUACGAGAAAGAUAUGAGAAGAGUCAAAUAGAACUAAGGAGACUCCAAGCUGAAAAAGAAAAACUCAUUGCCGACAAUGAAAGAUUGCAAUUUGAGUAUGAUAGGGCGAUGACACAGUGUGGUAAAGCACAAGCGUCUAAUGAAAAGACGCAAGAAGAAAUGGCCAGAGUGCAAAUUGAGUUGGAAAAAAUGUACGAUAAGCACGAUAAAGUGGCUUCAGAACUAAGAAGGGUUCAAUCCGAAUUAGACAAAGUUAAGCAAGAUGCGAGUGGUGCUAGGGAAGAAGCUGAAAGAUAUGCUGCUCGUUACGGAAAAUAUCACGAUACAAAAGAAGAACAUGAGAGAACGAAGUUGGAGGUGGAAAGACUUCGCACACGGUUAGAGAAGACCACAUUAGACUUGGAGCGAGCGCGGAAGGCUGAGGAGGAAGUACUCCGUCUACGUUCGGAGCUGGAACGCAUCGAAGGUCUCCGAGGUAAAUACCAAUUCGAACAGGAUAAGUGGACCAAUGAACUUAACCGAAUGCAAGCUGAGCUUGACAAACAACGAGAACGCUACGAAGCGUCGCAAGUGGAAAUUCAACGUCUGCAAGUUGAAAAGGAACAGGCUGAGACAAAAUUGCAUGAACUGAAUAUUCAGUUAGAAUUAUCAAGGAGCGAAGUAACCAAACUGAGUGCAGCGUUGGAGAAGCAGCGUACUGAUCUUGAACGUGCUCAUAUUGAGUGCGAGAAGUUCAGAGAUAGGUGUGAAAAACUAAAAUUACGUUCAGAACAACUAGAUAAAGAUAACGAAAGACUCAAAGGAGAAUUGCAACAGAUUGAGAGGAUGAAACUUCAAGCGGUUGCUGGUGACAAAGCGCGUACUGAAGAUAGACUUGAAAUCGAACGACUACGUGAUAAACUCGAAAAAGCGAUCCAAGCGAGAGAUUCAACAGAAAUGGAGGCGGGUAGAUUGGCUAAAGAACUUGAAAAAUCACAGAUUCAUCUAGUCAAAUAUCAAGAGACUAAUGAAACAACUCGAGUGGAAUACGAUAGAAUGACCAACGAAUUGGGAAGAAUGCAUGAGCGCCUUGAACGAACUAUCCUGGAGAUGCGUCAAAUUGAACAAGAGAGAGAUGCCUUGAGAGCAGAGAUACAGAAUACGAGACGAAAUGUAGAACAGCAACAAAGAACAUUAGACCAUCGAACGCAAGAAACGUUAGUGAAACUUCAACAAGAACUAGCUCAAUCGGUGAGAGAUAGGGAAAAAAUGGCGUCCAUAUUGGAACAGCGGGACAAACAAGCAGAUGCUAUAGAAAAGCAAAUAGUUAAAUUGGAAGCGGAUACGAAACAGCUGACCAUCGAACGCGAUCAGCUCGUAGCUCAAUUAGAAAAGUCUCAGGACAUGCUCGUAAACUUCCAGCGGGAGUUGAAUGCUUCAGAGGCCGAGUUGCAGAAGCAACGCGAAGAAGUGCGUAGACUAAAGGAAGAACAGAGAAAGUUGGCACAGGAUUCAGAACGGGGCGCGAAAGCCAUCCUCGAAAAUCGUGAGCGCGAAAUUGUGAAAUUGCAACAGCAAGUGCAGGCAGUUACAAAAGAAAGAGAGACUAUAAGACAGCGUGCGGAAAAAGCUGAAAAGGAAGCGCAGAAAGCGGGCGAGUUGGACAAGUGGCGGGCCGCGGUCGAAGCGGAAAAAACAAAAGCUAUUGCAGCGGAAAAAGCGCUAUCUGAGUGCCAGCAACGGUUACAGUCAUUGGAAAAACAAUUCCAGGCGCAACAUCAGCAACUGCAGCAGAUGCAAGCACGCGGCCCAUCGGACGUGCGCGAGGUGCAAAAGCAGCUUGAAGCGGCGCAAGCAGAAUCGCGCUCGCUCGCUGUCGAACGAGAACGGUGCCAGGCACAACUCGAGAUGCUCGUUCAAGAGUUGGAGAAGAGCCAGCUCGAUCUCCACGAAGCGAACAAGAAGUUACAGGCAGCUGGCACACAGAACGCAAGAGCUGGGGAAGAUACAGCCCAAGCUAAGAAGCAGCUGCAAGAAGAAUUUAAGAAGCUUGAAGACGCGAGGAAACAAUUUGAAGAACAGAGAAGAACAUUUGAGAAUAAAAGGAAAGACGUGGAAGAGAAAGAAAAGUCGCUUGCGGAGUUAGAUCGACAGUUGAAGAAGAGAAAAGAACAAAUGGACCAAAUGGAAGCAUCUUUGAGGAAGGCCGGCGGAAGCACAGCAGCGGUAACAGAUUUGAACCGUAAGCUAACUGAUACACAGAAGGACGCCGAGCAACUGAAACAACAGCUGGAACAAUCGAAAGAAGAAGCGAAGAGACUCACGACAGAAACGGAAAGACUGCUGCAGCUGGUUCAGAUGUCGCAAGAAGAACAGGCGCAGAAGGAGAAACAGAUUAUGGACUUGCAACAAUCUGUGAGGAACCUUCAAGCCAAACUGAAAAGUCAGCAACAAGCACAAGCACAAAGAGAAGAGGAGCUGAACAGAGCGAGGCAGAGUGAGGUUGUGGCAAUAAACGAUUUGACACAAACGCUGAGAGAGAAAGACAUUUUAAAAGCAAAGUUAGAGGAGAGCAAAAUGAAAGUGAUAGAUCUAGAAAUAGAGUUGAACGAAUCAUCGCUCAUACUGUCUGAACUGUUAAAGAUAUCGAAAGGGCAGGAGUUGAAAAGCAUGCAGAGAAGCAAGAGCUUCUUUGAACUGCAGAAAAGUGGUAAGGUAGCAGAGAGGCUUGAUAAAUGCCGUCACAGUAGAAGUUACAAUGAAUUGGACGUAAUGAGUAUAGAUAAACAACCAAAUGUUCAAAAAUUGACUAGGAAAAUAAGUGACUUAACCAAAGAAGUAGCUGUGAAGAACUCUAAAAUCAUCGAACAACAGCGUUGCAUAUCUAUACUAGAAGACGCGCUUAGAGAAAAUAAUAAUAUAGCUGAAUUUGAGCAAUUAUUGGCUGUAGUUAGAAGCAAAGAUGAGAGAAUCAACGAAUUAGAACAAAUCGUCAAUAAAAAAUCUGGAGCCAGUGAAGGUGAUUACAAAACUAAACGAAUAAUGGAGUUAGAGAAUGCUUUAAAGGAAUCGUUUAUGAUAGCAGCUGAAAGGGAGAAAGUGUUUUAUGAAGAAGAACAAAGGCGAAUCGAAACUCUGCAUAAGAUGCGCAAGAUGGAGCAGCGAAUCAAGUCACUACAGAACGCUUCAGCACUAAGUUGUGAAACAUGUUCACCGCUAAUGAAACGGCUGAAGCGUCUGGAGGGUGAUCUGCUCACCUGCCAGGCAAAAAGGGACGGAGUACUGCAUACAUUGGCGCAUGUUGUUCAAAAUAUCCUGGAAGAGCUGAUCACCGACAAAGAUAGCAAUAUAGCCGAAUUGGAGAUGAAAGGUGUACUGGACGAGGCAGACACAGCAAGAUGCGACGCGCUCAAAGCCGAGCGAGAUAGACUGCUCAAUAGACUUAAGAUUGAAAAUGAACGUAUAGUGGAGAUCGAGCGUGGCGUGUACCAGGAGCCCAUAGGUGAGGAGGAAGUUAGUGCCCCUGAGCUCACGCUUGCCGACGCGCUACUGCCCGCCUGCGACGACAAUGUAAUUGUCUGGGAGAACGACAUCCCUGCAACAGUACUCUGACGUCACAGCUAAGUCAAAAACUAAAUGUAUAUGUGGCAUUAGCAUCACGCACUUGUCACCCCAUCACCGCUACCUUACCAAUCAUCGCUUUAUCACUCCAACAUAAUACCGUAUACUGCCAAAUAAAGCAGAAUGAAUACAUCGCCCUAGCUUGCAAUAUCGAACGCGUUAGUCAC